GUGUUUUAUGAAGCGACGAUAAUAUGUUAAUAAGUAAGGUUUAAUCGCCGAGUAAAUCGUUCUUGCCUUUUUACUGUUUCACCAGGAGCCUAUCCGACGAUAGCAAAAACAUGACGUCAUAACUAUUUAGCGCCCAAUCAGCCCGUGUCAUCAUCUUCUCUCCCUACCACCACUUACCACUUACCAAAUUCCCCCCAGCCACGCCGUAACAAGUUGCAUGUUCCCCCCUCGCUACCCAUACCUUACCAAACUUCAUACAUACAAGCAUCCAUGCAUUCUCAUCAUUACCUAUCCUUGUAAAUUCAUCUAAAGUCUAUCGUGUACUCCGUGUUAUUCCGUUGUUUCGUAGAUCUGUUAUAAUACGCCUGCCCUAAUAGUCGAUAGCCCAAAAUGGCUCCGGUGCCAUUUCAACAUCCAGUUAGAUACAUCCCACUAGCUGCGGUUGGAACUCAUCUCAUAUCGGUGGUAUACUUGACAUAUGCUAUUAUUGCUAGCCUCUAUACAUCAUAUAAGUCAUUAGGACCAGCUCAAGAUACACGAUCACGCCUUGCCCAGCGGAAGAGAUUGGUUCCGGUUUUCGUCGGGUUAGCCGUUGCUGCUUUUUCGGUGGCGGCUUAUACAUCUGUGGCUUCAGCCAUCUUGUCGUAUAAGACGUGGGCAUACGAACAUGGUGUCGAUCGACCGGAACAGUAUGAACAAUUUACCACCAAAGAUGAGCUCUUCCCACCGCCCGAGAACACGAGGAGACUCGACUUGUCCUUUAUUGCUCACUGGCUGAGUGACACACCAGUCUAUUUCGAUGCUCUUGAGAUUGUCGCUGAGAAGGCUCGCCGCUUCUGGUGGAGCCAACAGAUUGAUGUUGCAACCGCGGCAUUCAGUAUAUUAUUAUCCAUCGAGGGGAGACGUCGAAAGAUUCCCCUGAAUGCUGCUUUCCUAAUCCUGGCACAUCUCGUGAACCUGUCAUUCGCCCAGAAUUUGUUCUACAUCGCUCUUCUCUUGACCCCUACGCCACUAUCAUCUAGUAAUGAUGGUCUCGAUUUACCAGUGGCGCCUAGGCGCCUCUCGGUAUUCACUUGGAUCCGUAACAAUCUUGUUACGCCGAAACCUAGGAAUUGGUAUCCGCACCCGUCUCUACUUGUUACGGCCCUAGCCUUCAGCUACUCAUCCAUACUCUUGCUUCCCUAUGCUGCGGAAACGCCGUCGUUUAGAACAAUAGCCUUUCUUGGUCGAGCCUCAACUUUUCUACCCGUGAUUCUUCCCGAGGUUGUACCAGUAAACUGGGGUAAGGUCCAUUCACACCCCCAUGGCGCCUAUCGCUCACUCAUAAUAAUAUUUCGGACUGUUGCCGCCGCGUCAUUUGCGAUUCACGUCAAAUCUAGCAUUGCGGGAUUGGCCUACAAUGUUCCGAAUUCAAGUCACCAUCGUCAUAGUGUCUUCCUACCUUGGGAUGUAGAAGAGCGGACCACUUGGGAACGCAGUACUACAGCUCUUGUUAAGGUCUUGGGUUCUAUAAACGACCAUCCCGCCGUAACGGCCGUUGGUUGGGAUGUGUUACUAUGUACAUUGAGCCUCGGCCUAUGGGUUGCUACUCGCGCUACAAAUGCUCAGGAUGUCAUUCAGUCAAUCUUUCCAAUUCCUAACUUACGCCGUAAGGUUGAACACUCGAUCGAGGGGGGGAUACCGAGCACCCCCGUCAAAGCCGAUCCUGAGCCUGUCGAGGAUAUUACGCCGGAACACCAUAUGGUAUUGAGACGCCGUGGCCGGUCAGCUAGAAGAGUAGGAAGCGUCGCAAGUUCAAGCGGACCUAGUGAGGAUGGGUUUAGAACUCCCGCAAAGAGAAGAGGCCGGCCAAAAAAGUCCAAGCAACCCGAAGAAGAGAAAUCGUAUACGCCGUCUUCGUCGGAAGCCAGAGAUUUGGUGGAAGGGGACGUCUUGCCUGCUAAGGAGUUGGACUGGGAAGAUACUGCUCUGACUUGGGGCCUCGCCGCAUUGCUCGGGCUUGGUUCCGCUUCUUCUAGUGUUUUUGGAGGGGAAUGCAUUUCGAGAUAAGAAAGGGGUUGUUGGGGGAACAGAAAACAGGGUUAAUGAAGCAUAAUCAAAAGCGGGAAGUUGAAGAUUGAUAUGACGGCGUUGGGUGGGCAGCUUAAAACGCAUAUAGGACUUAUAACGGCGCUCUUGGCGUAGCGACUCAUACCAAUCAACUAAUAAUGAGCGCACU